AUGUGCCCCAGAGCCUCUCAGGGCCUCCGCACUUAUUGCGCGCAUCUGCUGGUAGCUUCCUUGCUGGUGUCCAUGACGAUGUCAAGCUCACCUGUUGCAGGCGGUGUAGACUCCAACGGAACGACAGCAGCACGGUUCUCAUCACGGUCGUCAUCACGGUCGUCAUCGUCACCCUCUUCCAGAUGGCCAGGUGCCAGCCCACCCAAAGACACUGGUCACCCUGGUAACACUGACGCUGCCUCAGUGGAYGAUGAAGCUCAGGGCAUACACCUCCUACUGAGACCCCCGGACCUGCUGUCCCCCAGUCACCCCCCUCCUCUGCCCCCCCACAGCCAGCCCACCCUCACCCCUCCCCCACCCUGGGAGCACGCCCCCUCCCUAGAGGAGGCCUGGGGCUCCGGAGACUACCUGGAAACGCUUUCCUUCAUGGGCCCAGAGGGGGAGGAACUGGCCCUGGCCACAACAUUACCCAGCCACACCUACGACCCUGGCGACGGGGCCUCCUACGACACCUCCUUCCCCUCCCGCCCAACACUCCCCCUGUCCUCCAGCCUCCUCCGACCCUCUACGUCCCCCACCUCCCCCCUCCGGGAGGGUCUCCCCUUCACCCACCCUGCCCAGCCUGAGGGAUACCCUCACUGGGAUGAAGAAGACUAUGACCUGGGGGACAUGUUUCCUCUAGAGCCCACGGAGCUGCUGCUGCCGGAUAUGAACACGGGUCCCACCCCGCCCCUGACCCUCUCACCCACUCCCUGGGAUGGUCAAGGUACCCUCACCCCUGGAGUUAGACCCGCCUCCAGAGUACCCCCUCAGCCUCCUGUUCUGCGGCCCAGAGUCCCCCCAGCUACCCCUGGCAGACACCCUCCACUGCCCCCCUCGAACACCACCAGCCUGGCUCGCCCCCCCAUGCUGCGACCUCCAGGGAGGGACCCCAUAAAACCACCACCACCUGUGACCGAGGUCCCCAGCAACCGACCGACGACCACUACCAAGGCAACCACUGUUACCACGACAACCACUGGCACCCUGGCGAGCAUCACCUGGACUCCCCCAGUUCAGGCCCCUCCAGGACGCCAGUACCUGUGUAACGUCACCAAGCCUGACAUGUACCUGGUCAGAGUGGUGCUGCAGUUCGUGCCCAGUCACGUSGAUGUGCGUGUGUGUAACUUCAGUGAGCGAGUGGAGAGAGGAUUGCUGAUGGCCUACACAGAGACACGCAGACGCGCACACGAAUUUGGCAACGUUACUGUACAGCUUCUGAACAUCACCAUGGGUCAGGCCAAGCCACAGGGUGACCAGAAGGUUCCGGUGGACAUCACGUUUGCGUUGCGUGAUGGACGGGGCUACCUGUUAGGGUCAGAGGUCAGCGCUCACCUGAGACACCUAAGCACGGUGGAGUUCAGCUUCUACCUGGGCUUCCCCGCGCUGCAGAUCGCUGAACCCUUCCACUACCCCGAGCUGAACGUUUCUCACCAUCUACGCUCCUCCUGGGUCCGCACAGUGUUACUGGGUGUCCAGGAGCAGACGGUGACUGAGCGGAGCUUCAAGGCUCGUCUGGAGCGCCGUCUGGCCCUGCUGCUGGAGGAGGGGCUGGGGGAGGGGAGUCAACGACCCCGCUGGAAAAGAUCCACGGCCGUGGGUAACAACAGCUUACAGGUGGUGCGUGUGUCGAGACUGGCAGGUUCAGGGCGUUCUCUGGAAGUGGUGUAUUUCGUGGAGGGACCAGGGGGGGAGAGAGUUCCUGCUGAUGCCACCGCUGCCGCCCUCAACCGCCUGGAGCUGCAACGGGCUGCCAUCGUACUGGGGCACCGCGUCCAGAGACCCCUUGCCCAGCCUGUGGAGACGCUGACAGUGCCCCCGUCUGAGACUCAGAGCAGCAGUGUCUGGCUGAUUGUGGGGGUGGUGGUGCCUGUCCUGCUGGCUAUCUUCAUCAUCAUCAUCCUCUACUGGAAACUGUGCGGCUCGGAGAAGCUGGAGUUCCAGCCUGACGCCAUCAACACCAUCCAGCAGAGACAGAAGCUGCAGGCUCCCAGUGUGAAAGGGUUUGACUUCGCCAAGCUCCACCUGGGGCAGCACAGUAAGGAUGACAUCAUGGUGAUCCAGGAGCCUGGUGCCCUCCCUGUGCCCAUCAAAGAGGCCACCCCCUCUGAAGGAGGGGAUGUCAACACUCCCAAAUCCAAGGGCUCCUCCACCAAGGCUGCCCGCGCUAACCGCCGUAGGGGGAGACUGUCCCCGUCAGAUGGUGACUCGUUAGGUAGCGACCAAUCGAGUGGCAGAGAGUCUGCAGAGGAGACCACCAGACAUGUGGCCACGCCCCACGAGGGGAAACCGCACCGAAACAAAACGCCCAAGAAUGGGAGGAAUAAGAUGGUCCCUCCCACAGGCAGUGGUCCAGAUGAGCUUCUCUCCUCUUCCUCCAUCUUCGACCACGUGGACCGUUUGUCCCGAGGCUCGUCUGACGGCAGGGCUCGCCAGGCCAACAAGGUCCAGCUGAUUGCCAUGCAGCCCCGGCCCAGCCCACCACAACACUCACACAGCCCCACCAUCACAGAGAGGGUCAGCGCAGAGGUGGCUCUGAGACAUAAGUCGGAGAUCGAGCACCACAGGAACAAGCUGCGUCAGCGGGCUAAGAGGCGGGGCCAGUGUGAGUUCCCCUCUAUGGAUGACAUCCUGGAUGCCUUCGGGCAGGCGCAGGAGGAGGCGGGGCAGGGAGGGUGUCCACAGCGCCUCUACAGCUCAGCCCAUGACCACAUGGACAGCAUCYUGCACACCGACCCCCCCUCRCCCCCYACCCCAGGGGAAUCCAGGAAGAGGGGGAGGCGCUCUCCUCGGGGCCGGCGGAGGCAGCAGGGGAACGGCAGUCUACCAGACACAGACAGACUGACGGACAGAGACCGCCUGCUCACAGACAACAGCGCCACCUACAGGAAAUACCCUGGACUCAACAAUGUGGCCUACAUGUCGGACCCGGAUCUACCUCCAGACCACGGCAGCCCCUCCCCUAACGAUGAGGUGUUUGAACACGCACCUCCCCCGCCACCCUACGUGCCCCCCCAGCCGUCCAUCGAGGAGGCGCGGCAACAGAUGCACUCCCUAUUGGACGAUGCCUUCGCCCUGGUGUCACCCUCCUCCCAGGGCAGCGUCAGUGUCGGGGUCACGCAGGUCAGCACCGCCCUGCCGAGCCCCUCUCCCUCCCCACAGACACGCCCAUCACGCCAGUGGGGCUCCUACCCCGCAGCCCCCACACACAGCCCCUUCUCUGCGAGGUAUGCAGAGUUGGGGAUGUCUCCCUCGUCAGUACAAGGCCUGUUGCAGAGGCAGGGCCUGGGUUCGGGGGCCUAUGUUACUGCAGAGGAGCAGCUGCAAGAGUCUGUCUACGCCAACAGGGGGCAGUAUGAAGAGCCUCCCUCCUCCUCCAGACCUCGGCCUGUUGGGGGGAGCACAGGUGCUCAGCUGCAUCACCUGACUCAGGUGGGCUUGUCAAGCCGGAUCAGUGCGUACCCUGGGGUGGGCCGCAGCGUCUCUGGGCCAACAGGCUCCAGCUGGAACCAGCAGCCUUUAGAACAGGACCUCUCCGGACCUGGAGCCAGCAGAGAGAGUGUCCUGUCGUUCCCUGAGUUCUCCUCCCCCGCUGUGUUUCAGAUGCCCAGCUCCUCUCUGGGAGACCAUUCUGUCCCCCCGAUGCUCCUGGCCCCUCCCACUCCAGAGUUCCCCCUAGAAGAGUCCUCCCCCUCAGCCCAAAGCUCCGCCUCCCUCAUCAAGGCCAUCAGGGAGGAGCUACGACGACUCGCCCAGAAACAGGUUGCUGUGGCCGGCACCUACUCCUAGACCAGUGUGAGCCCCUACCCCAUAACUGGUCCGAACCAGUUUGAACUACUCAUCCUAAACAAGUAUGGACCAAUCGGAACCACUACCCCAAACUAGUUUGAAACAGUCAGAACCACUUGCCCUAAACUGGUCUAAAGAGGCUUACACUGCUUUUCAUAAGCUGGUCUGAACAAGACUCAGCCAGUCUGCAACAGAUACGAUUUCCUUACAACAAUAACAUCACUGUUCUUUAAAGGGUUCUUCUCUCUGUAAAGGUUCCUCAUUCUACAGCACAGUGUUUCCACUGGACGGGAGGAUCGAGUGCUUCCGCGAGAGGGGCCGUCUCUCCCCUUCCUGACCUCCUGUAUGUGGUGCUAAACCUCAGCGUAAUGUCUCCUGUCAUUAAGUUAACCACGCAUUGCCUUCAACAUACAUUCAUCAUCAGCCAUGUUGGUGAGGUCUUCUCCAUUCAUCAGCCAUAUUGGUGAGGUCUUGCACUGUAGAGAGAGUUGGAGACUUGGAGUAUAGUGUACUUUGGGCAUGGGGGAUUUUAAUAUAUAGAUGAAAAAAGUAUAUAAAAAUGAAAAUAUUAUAUGUAAAGAGAUAUAAAAAUCCCAAGUGAGCACAAUAUGAAUUAAUAAGAGUGACCAAUGGAGUAUUGAAAUUGUAUUUAUUUUUUAUUGCUCUGAAAGUAUACUUUUAAAUCCUUUAUUUUGACCAAAGACCAAUACUGUUUGGAUGUUCUAUGGCUGUAUUCUCCCUGUGUUAGCGCUCACUUUUGCCGUGGAGCUGAUCAUAACGUUGUCUAUCGCAGUGGAGACGUCGCUUAGCAUAGUCGCUCGCUGCUCGUGCGUUCAUGUGUUGCUUGUACAAAAAUGGAGAAAAAAAAUGUAUUAUACGUUGCAGAUAUAUAACGUGUGUAUAUAUAGCGCUUUUCAGUAGGUGUCAAAAGACUUGACAUGGGGCUAACCUAUCCCAUCCACCACCAAUGUGACUUUCUGCGGCAGAACUCUCACAGAACAAAGGCAUUUCUGUGGUGACGAUUGACUGUCCAAUUGUGAUAGUGUUUCUCUUGGUGGGAAGAGCUGGAAAACCACUCAUGCUUGACAACCACAGAAAAUAGGCUACCUGUGAAAUUUAAGAUUGAAAUAGGAAUGAUUUUACAGCACAUCGACAUAAGGUGAUUUGGGGAAUUUUGAUGGGAUGGUUUAUAGUGAGUGAAAAACACCUACAUUUCCAAUUUUCCCCAAAUAGCUUCCUCUCCUUAUCUCCUUUCCUUAGUCAACUAUUAUCCAAAUGGAUGUAAAGGUGAACCUCUCGAAGAGGUGAAUUUAGGAAACAAAGCCAUUUAGGACAAAUGGACAUACUAUACUCUAGCAGUUGGUGGGUUUGGUGGUGGUUAAGUGCUCUUUGUCUCCAUCUGCUGGUGGUAUGGCUGCAUGGCUGGCUUCCAUCUUUGCUUCAGGUUGUUUUCUCUGAGGUCUUAUUGUAUUGAGUUUGGUCAAUGGUCAGUAAUGUGUGGGUUUGUGCAGGCAAGAGAAGGCUUGCCCAUCCAGCUCUGUGCUCUAGCUAUCUACAGCAUGUUGACUAUGUUUGAGGCUUGGCUAGCUAGCUAUUAGUGAUGUGACUGUUGUUGUUGUCUUCUCUCAGGCAUUCUGCUAAAAUAAGUACACAAUUUUUUUUUCAACAAAAGUUAAACUGAAGAGUUGUAACACACAAGUAAAGAGUGAGGAGUGUUAUACAGUGCCAUCCGAACCUGAUCCAUCCAAGCACAUAAUACAUCAUGAUAAUCAAGCAGUAGAAAAGAUGCACUAUGUAAGUGUCAUUCUGUUAUACUCUUGUUUUGCCUUUUCUAAUAUUUUUUUUUAACCUAAAUGAAAAUAAAUACAGUAUAUAAAAUAAAUAUUAGCGUAAAAUAUGUCAAACUAUUUUAUCUGUGAUUGCUCAAUUAUAUGGACAACCUUUCAACGGAAGGACUAACACACCUUCCCUGUGGACCAAUCCUGAUUCAUAACUCUUCAUCUGCUGGGACUUAUAAACCUUCCUGAUUGGACCUGGCACCUGUCAAUAAGGCGGUGGGACUAUACACAGUGGAGUCACAGAGAUGUGUGUGCGAACAACAAACCGAUUCACCUGGUGCUACUAAGUAACUUACAGUAACAGACCCUUCACUCCCUCUGUACAGGGGUUUGGAGUGUGCUGAUGUCUCCUCAGUCUAACAGCAUCUCACACACAGCCUAUACCGACAUGGGGAGCACAGACACACACUGCCAACAGGGAAAACACACACACUCAGAAUUUGAUAUUCCUGUCUAAAAAGAUAGGAUUCACUUCAAACUCUGGACUUUGAGUAGCUGCAGCACCUCCUGAAUGUUUCAUAGUUCUGUGUUUUAUAGAUCUGUGAUUCAGACACCAGAGUGUCGGAGCAGGCUUGUUGUUGGCCCUAAUGCCCUGAGAUCAUACCCCUAUACUCUGUCUCUCUGUCCCCAGAGGGUAUGUGUUUUGUCUACUAUUGAGACUGGGGCGGGCCCAUCUAUAGGCCACACCCUGGGGCGUAUCUUCGACAUUGUAGUAGACGCUCAGGUGUGUUAAAUGUCAGACAAGGGUGGGGUUCCUGCCCGACUACAUUCACAGACGUUGCAUUGCAUCAACGACUGCUCAGUCGGGCAUCGAAUUUCUAUAUCACAUGUGGUUAACUGAUAUGUUAAACACCUAUCCAGUUGUUGUGAGGUCUGGCAUGUGUCUGCAAUGUUGUCGGGCAGGAACACCACCAAUACCUGUUUUACAGCUCUCUCUCGCCCUCCCACUCUUCAUACCCCUCGCUCUCUCCCCUCCUUCCCCUUCUCUCUCUCUAUCCCUCUCUUUCUCCUCCCUCUGAGCUGCAUCCCUGUGGUGUAUAGAGUCUGAAUGAUGUGUAAAUCAAACAUUAAAGAAAUGAUGUGUUUAAAGUCA